UUCAGGGCUCAUCGUUGGGGUGAUCCUGAGGUACGGCACCCCUGCCACCAGUGGCCAUGACAAGUCCCUCAGCUGCACUCAGGAAGACAGGGCCUUCAGCACGUUAUUAGUCAAUGUCAGUGGGAAGUUCUUUGAAUACACCCUGAAAGGAGAAAUCAGCCCCGGCAAGCUCAACAGUGUAGAGCAGAAUGACAUGCUGAGGAAGGUAACGUUUGACCCAGAGGUCUUUUUCAACAUUCUGCUGCCUCCAAUUAUUUUCCAUGCUGGAUACAGUUUGAAGAAGAGACACUUUUUCAGAAAUCUUGGGUCUAUUCUGGCCUAUGCCUUUUUGGGGACUGCUGUUUCCUGCUUCAUUAUCGGAAAUCUCAUGUAUGGUGUGGUGAAGCUCAUGAAGAUGGUGGGACAGCUUUCGGAUAAAUUUUACUACACAGAUUGUCUCUUUUUUGGAGCAAUUAUCUCUGCCACUGACCCAGUCACUGUACUGGCGAUAUUUAAUGAGUUACAUGCAGACGUGGACCUCUAUGCACUUCUGUUUGGAGAAAGCGUCCUAAAUGAUGCUGUUGCCAUUGUGCUGUCCUCGUCUAUUGUUGCCUAUCAGCCAGCAGGGCUGAAUACUCACGCCUUUGAUGCUGCUGCCUUUUUUAAGUCAGUUGGCAUUUUUCUAGGUAUAUUUAGUGGCUCUUUUACCAUGGGAGCUGUGACUGGUGUUGUGACUGCUCUAGUGACCAAGUUUACCAAGCUGCACUGCUUCCCCCUGCUGGAGACUGCGCUGUUCUUCCUCAUGUCCUGGAGCACCUUCCUCCUGGCAGAAGCCUGCGGGUUUACAGGUGUGGUAGCUGUCCUUUUCUGUGGAAUCACACAAGCCCAUUACACCUACAACAACCUGUCGGUGGAAUCAAGAAGUCGAACGAAGCAGCUCUUUGAGGUGUUACACUUCUUGGCAGAGAAUUUCAUCUUCUCCUACAUGGGCCUGGCACUGUUUACCUUCCAGAAGCACGUUUUCAGCCCCAUUUUCAUCAUUGGAGCUUUUGUUGCCAUCUUUCUGGGCAGAGCUGCACAUAUCUACCCACUCUCCUUCUUUCUCAACUUGGGCAGAAGACAUAAGAUUGGCUGGAAUUUUCAACACAUGAUGAUGUUUUCAGGCCUCCGGGGAGCAAUGGCAUUUGCACUGGCCAUCCGAGACACAGCGUCCUAUGCUCGCCAGAUGAUGUUCACGACCACCCUCCUCAUUGUCUUCUUCACCGUCUGGAUCGUUGGCGGAGGCACAACACCCAUGCUGUCAUGGCUUAAUAUAAGAGUUGGCGUCGAGGAGCCCUUUGAAGAGGACCAGAAUGAACUCCACUGGCACUACUUCAGAGUUGGUGUUGACCCAGAUCAAGACCCACCACCCAACAACGACAGCUUUCAAGUCUUACAAGGGGAUGGUCCAGAUUCUGCCGGAGGAAACCGGACAAAGCAGGAGAGUGCAUGGCUGUUCAGGCUGUGGUACAGCUUUGACCACAAUUACUUGAAGCCCAUCCUCACACACAGUGGCCCCCCAUUAACCACCACGCUCCCAGCCUGGUGUGGCUUGCUCGCUCGAUGUCUGACCAGUCCCCAGGUGUAUGACAACCAAGAGCCACUGAGAGAGGAAGACUCUGAUUUCAUCCUGACUGAGGGUGACCUCACCUUGACCUACGGGGACAGCACAGUGACUGCCAAUGGCUCCUCAGGCUCCCACACGGCCUCCAUGAGCCUGGAGGGCAGUCGGAAAACCAAGAGCAGUUCUGAGGAGGCGCUGGAACGAGACCUGGGAAUGGGAGACCAGAAGGUUUCAAGCCGGGGCACCCGCCUAGUGUUCCCCCUGGAGGAUAAUGCAUGACUUUCCCCCCAAACCCUGAAGCGAUGGGGUAGACCCACCGGUGGUGUGGGGCUGGCUGCAUGCUCCAGUGUUGAUUGAGGUGGUACAGUGACUGAAUGGAACUAACGCUUCUAUUGUAUUGAGGUCUGAAGAUAUCUUAACAUUUAAAAUUUAACCCAAGAUACAGAUGGUGGGGCUCAAGACAAAUGCAGAUCUAUUCCCACUUUUUCACUUAGUAGUGCACUGUUCAGAGUUAAACAAACAAAAACAAUCGCAUGCUUUACUGGUCUCUAAUUCAUUCACCUGUGGUACCUGAACAAGGUGUGGUGGGUGCCGGGGACCCCUCUCAGGAGAGGCUUCGUAUCCAUACACAGCAGUGCGAGUCUAGCUGGAUGUAGGAAUAUCAAGUGAAGGGAGAACAGGCUAGAAGAAAGAUCGUGAAGGAAGGCCAGUGAGAUUGGACCUCCAAGGAUGAGGGGAAGCUGGUGUUAAAUGGGACAGAAAGCAUGAAAAAGCAAUUUGAGUGGAGGCUCCAGCAACAAGAGAUGAUGACAGCAGCCUCAUCUCUGGAUUCCUGACUUCUUUUGCUGCCUGUAUUUUCUCUAGACUGAAGAUUGGAAAAUAUAUCCAUCAACAUUUCAACAUGGGGGAAAGAAUUGUAAUUCCUUCUCUGGAAAUCUCCACAAAGAAGAAGUUACUGGAAUGUUUCAAACCAAAGGCAAAAUAGUGUUAAAGUGCUGUGUUUUUUUUUGUUGUUGUUGUUGUUUUCAUUAAUGGGAAGGCAGGAGAAACUGUUUAGAAACUGAUGAUUACAUCACUGUAAACAUCAGUCAAUUCUUGAUGGCUGCCAUAUGAGCUGACUGCCGGAAAAUGGUUAACAGGACUGACAUAUCUACUGUGGGUUUAGAAAGAACACCAAAAUUUGUGGAGUGCUUUGAUCUGGUGACGAGAAGGCAGUAACAACCCUCAGAGGCAAUAUGCUAGUAUUCAGAGGGAAGAAAUCUCACUGUGAAAAAAAAUGACUGCAAAGAAAACACAAGAUUGUAUUCUAAAAACUUAGUAGAAUUCCAAACUUUUAGCUAAGAAAUGAACGAGAUUUCAGUGGUCACCUGAAGAAACAGAGGCGAGGCAGUGGAAUGUUAAGCUUUAUUUAUACAGUGGAAGGUUCCUGUCCACUCUCAGAUUAAGAAUCGAGGUGUCUUGGCACUGAGUGCCAUGUAGAGAAAGGUCAUUUUCAUGGUAUCUGGGGAGGUCUGCACCAGCUUCAUGUGUGAGUGUGGUCUGAGAUUUAGAUUUCUACUUUGGGUUCUUUUGUGGGUGAGCUGUUCUACCUGCCCACACCUGUAGUAAGUGAAAUAUGGAGGAGAGCUCUUGGAAGCCAAGUUUGAGAUUCUUCCUGUGGUCUAUGCUUCAGUGCUAUUAUUUUCAAAAACCCAAUUUCUAAAAAAUGCUUUCAUUUAAUGUGGCCAUUUCCCUUAUAAGAUAGUGGCUCAAUCUUGUGCACCCAUCAUGAAAUCAGCCAUUUAACCUGCUUAACUCGCAUUUUUAAUGGUUAAUUUUUAAGUAAGACAUUGUUUUGCCCUCUUUUUCAGUUGAUAAUUUGUGCAAACCAAGAAAAAUUUAUUAGUUUGAGCCAUAUGAAAUUGCUGGUAUUCAACCACUUUUUUUUAAAGAAACAAAAAUGAUAAUUUCAUAUGGUUCAGUAUAAGAGAAUUGGAUGAUUUUUAUUCCCCUUUCCCUUCUAUCUACACUAAAGGACAUUUUGAUUUGAUAGUCAUCCAUGGGCUUUGUAAGUUUGGGGAAAAAGCUAAACAUACUUACCUCAUGCUUCCACUAUGCUGAAAAGUAAAAAGUCGGGUGCCGAGAAACUAACCCAACGCUAACUAUUUGCUGCCAGUCUGGCAUAAACCAGAUAGAAACUGCUGAGUAAUGGUACAUCCAAGUAAGCAAAAUUCUUCUGAGAGGAUAAUCCCAAGUCAUUUUAUAAGCAUAUGUGUUCUGGGUAGGGUGGGGGGGAGGUUAUAGUUCCACAAAGUCAGAUGUUCUAAGGCAGAGGUUCUCCACCCUGGCUGCACAUUAGGAUGAGCUGGCCCAUUUAUUGAGAAUAUCAACAUAAAGGCCCACCCUCAGAGACCCAGAUUCAGUAGGUUUACAGUGCGGCCAGGCUUCUGUGCUAUGUUUGGAUCCUCAGGGAUUCUAAUCUGCAGCUCGGGUGGAGAGCCUUUAGUCUAGAACUUGCAGUGGGCCCAACCUGAAACCUUAAAGGAUGACCUAGCAAAUUCAGGUGUUUUUUUUUUUAAAUUGUUGGUCAUGUGGAACAAACUGAGUGUUGAUCAAUAAUACAGACCAGGUAGCUGUGAGUGAAUUUCAUGCUAAUAAUGUUUGUAGAAGUCAAACACAUACUCUAUAAAUACAACUAAAAAAAAAAGGUCACAUUAGAAAACCUUAGAGCCUGAAAGAGGGAGAAGGAUGACUUGAAUGUAUAUAUUGGAGGGAUUAAAACCUGUCAUUUUUGCUCCGAUUUGUGGGGAAAAGGGGUUUUGUCUUAACUGAGCUGCUGACUAAUCAAAUGUGAAGGUUUCUAACAAGCUGUCUUUUCCAUUUAACCUGGGAUUAAAUUAAUAGUCCCCUUUGCAGUCAAGUGAACUUUCUUUCUCUUCACACAUCACUCGUCUCCAUGCCAGAAUCCACACUGGACUCCUUAAAAUAAGGGCCAGAGCACAGGCCCCUUAUUACGUGGAAGGUUGUGAUCACUUCACUGUCAUGUGGUGGUGGUGUUGGGAGCUGGUACUUAAGGAGAUGCAAACUUUUGUGGAUAGCACUGGCAGAGGGAAGAUAUAAACUCCUGACAUUCUUUUUAAUAUUCUUUUCCUAGAGAGGAAAUUUAGGGUUUAAAUAAGUCUGCAUUUCUUCCUAAGAAGCAAGUAUAGGAAAGGCAUAUGUAAUUAAAUGGACACUGACCAUCAAUGAUACUUAUUGGGCUGACCAGACAGAUAAGCAUUGAUGCCUUGCAGCCAAAAACCACACUGCGACAUCAAAUGUUUCAUCAACCAAACAGCAAGAGCUCUUUAGGCUGUGAUCCCUAGACCUGAAAACGUCCUCUGUGGUUUGGUUGAAAAAAACAAAUUUUAGAAAACACCAAAAAUGUUAUCUUCACUAUCCAUGAACAUUUCAGACUAGAGCAACGAAGUGACCGUUCCUUCCAAAAUAGAGGUCUGUUGCACGGUCUUCCUUCACCCCUCAUCAUAUCCCUCCCUUUUUCUGUCCAUAGUAGAAGUUAAUGUAAUCAUGUUGGAUAUUUGAUGUGAACAGUGACUCUUAAAUGUAGAAAUACCACUGAUGUCCUUAGAGAUCGGUGCCAGGGCAAUUGAGCCAUUCAUCAGAGGGGAAUCAUCUGCUUGGAAACCUACCUUGGUACCCAUUGUGACUUCUAAGGGGUGUAUCAGAAAACUAAUUUUACCAUCUCUUGUCAAAUGUAUUCUGGAAUGAGGGUUGCUGUUACAAUGAAUGACUUCUUAUUCCACUUCAGGAAUAGGGAACUUGACAAGUUUCAUGCCUGCCUUUGAUGUUGAUUCUGCAGAUGAGUUACUACUGUAGGAGCUAAUCUGUCAGAAACUUUAGACUGGUGUCAUUGAGUUCUGAUCUCUUCUGUCGUUUUCUAAGUGGGGAUCUGGCUGGCCAGUGUCAUUUGCUAUGUCCUCACACAGCAAGUUGAAGAAUCCAGUGGGCAAGAGUUAGAAUUUAGAAACAACCCAUCUGAAUGCUGCUUUCACCACUUUGAUACCUGAAAAGACCUUCCCCCUUUCUAAAACCUAAUAAUAAUAUACAGACAAAUACCAUAGAAACCAAUGUGAGGAUCUGACUAGGAAAAGCAAGUAGGAUUUUUGACAGUCCUUUCAAAACAAGAUUUAGAAGUAAACCAUAUUUUCCAGUUUGAAUUUUCAUAAGUAGAGUUUUAAAAAAAAUUAAACACAUCUUGUCUUGUCACCCAGUGCUUAGGAGAAAUUGUAAAGAGCAAAACCAAAGUUUUUGAUGUAAAUUUUAUUUUUGUAAGCAGGGUAUACGAUAACCAUGGUCCACAUGGAACACAUAGGCACCGGUUUUCUGCUACUUGAGCCUUGGAGAAGAUGAGAAGGAAGGUCUUCCUGUUCUGCUGCCUUUUGAAAAGGUCUGAAAUAGACAUGAGAGCACUUGGGAGAGGCCAUCCUUUUCUUCUGCUGGCCACCUUUUAAAAAGGGUUAACGGGAUGUCAUCAUCACCUCAAUUCUUGGCCAAUGGAGAAUGAUUUGUGCCGGUGUGUGCUGGAGGAGCUCAGAAGAAAAAGGACAUGGAAAUAGCUUGAAUAACUCUACAUCUCUGUCAAAAGCACUUAAAAACAGUUAAGAUCCAGUGUUACUGGGUGACCAUCCAACUGCAUGGACAUUUGGGGGUUGACUUUUGUUAUUAUUCUAGCUGUGGGCUUUGGAGAAGCAGAAGAAUGGUUUUCGGUUGUGUGGGUAUUAUGUCACUCUAUGGAUUUGGAAUGUAUCACUGCACUCAUUCAAAGUAUGAUUUCAUAGUAGUGUCACCUACUCCUAGGUUUUCUUUUUUACAUAAAAUACAUCUGGUCUUCUUACUUAGAAGUUUUUGUUCAUUAAAUUUAUUCAAUGCGAAGGCCACCAAUAUUCAUUUAAUAGCUACAAAGCAAUUUUUUAAAUAGAAUAGGAUAAAUUUAACAUGGACGAUGUGACCUUCUGGAGAACUUUUUAUAGAAAGCUUAAAUACUGUAGUUGGGGAGAAUUUUGUCUUCUAUUUCCAUUCAACUGUGGCAAACUGUUGGUUUUAUAAAAUUAACAUUAUGUAACAGUACGUUAUAUAAACAUGUUAUACAAAAUAAUAUUAAAAUAUGUUUAACUGUGAAAAAGUGAAGACUUGGAGUUAUCAGCAACCUUUAUGUGCAAUAAAGAAAACUGAAGUUAGACCCCAAAGUGCGGUCUUUCCGUAGCAUCCUACUUAAUGUUUGCCUUUGUGUAUAUGUUUAGAUUGAUAUUGUAAAGCUAAUCACAUGUUUUCCUGCUUUUGCUGAUAUUUAACACAUUUUUCUCAAAGCUCUUUCUGGAUUUUUUUUUUUUUACAAAACUCAAAAUAAAAAGAUUAACUCGC